GAGGGCGUGGGAACUUGCAGGUGGCAGCAGGGUGUACAGCACUACUGUUCCGCAGGAGGCGUACUCAGCAGCAGGCGUGCGCAGCAAGAGUGUGGCACAGCAGGAGUGCGGUGAAGCAAGUGCGGUACAGCAAGUCCGGUACAGCAGGAGUGUGGUACAGCAAGUGUGGUACACACAAGGGUGACACAGCAUCAGGGAACAGAGCCACACAGCCAAUCAUGAAGACAUUAGCGGUUGUGUUGGGGCUCCUGUGUUGUGUCGCGGCUCAAGUAUGCAACCCUCGGUCCUUUGGAUACGACAGUGUGGUGUGUGUCUGCAACGCGACCUACUGCGACCAGCCGGGCAUCAUCAACUUCCCUGAAGAAGGCAGCUUCACCGUCGUCACCUCCAGCAGGGACGGCCUCAGGUUCAAUGUGGAGACCUUCCCCGUCUCCAGCGAAGCCGACCCCGACGCGGAGGAGAUAACAGUGAACCGAGAGGACGUUUACCACACCAUACUGGGCUUCGGCGGCGCAUUCACCGACUCCACAGGUCUCAAUGUUGUAGCCCUCUCCAGCCAGCUCCAGGAACACUUCCUCCGAUCCUAUUUUGCUCCUGAAGGGAUUGGAUACACAAUAGGUCGUAUCCCGAUUGCUGGCUGCGACUGUUCCACCAGGACCUACUCCUACGACGAUGUGGAAGGCGACGCCGAACUCGUACACUGGAAUUUAACCGAAGAGGAUCACCUGUAUAAGAUUCCUUUGAUCCUGCGAGCGAAAGAAAUGACAGAUUACCCACUAAAGAUGUUCGGCUCACCAUGGUCGUCCCCAGCCUGGAUGAAGACUAAUGGCAUGUUCAACGGGUCAGGCAUACUCAUAGCUGAGUAUUGGCAACCCUGGGCCAAUUACAUUGUCAAGUUUUUGGACGCCUAUGAGGCUGCGGGAGUCGAAAUGUGGGGCCUCACGCCACAGAAUGAACCUCUCGGUGGUCUUACUGAUGAGUGGGACAUAAACGCUCUUGGAUGGUCGGCUGAGUCAAUGCGAGACUGGCUCAGGGAUAACUUGGGACCCACGCUCGAGGCUGCUGGCUAUCGUCGCCUUAAGAUGAUGGUGGAUGAUAAUGACAGGGACACACUAACUUGGUACAUCGAGCCGAUGCUGGAGGAUCCCGAGUGUGCUCAAUACAUCGACGGCACGGCAGUCCACUGGUACAGGGACAACGUAACAGACACGGAAAUUCUGGACAAGACCCACGCUCUCUCUCCAGAAAGGUUUAUUUUGUACACAGAGGCCUGUCAAGGAUGGGACGUUCAGGGGUCGGAAUUAAGUGUUAAGCUUGGGUCAUGGCUGCGUGCUGAACAGUACGUCCACUCCAUGUUGGAUGCCGUGAACCACUACUCAACGGGCUGGGUGGACUGGAACAUGGCUCUGGACACGCUGGGGGGACCCAACUGGGCUAACAACUUCCUCGACUCUCCCGUCAUUAUCGACGCCGAAGUUGACGAGUUUUACAAGCAGCCAAUGUUUUAUGCCAUCGGUCAUUUGAGCAAGUUCGUGGUUCCCGGCGCCCAGCGGAUCUCUUGGUCGACCACGUCAGACUUCCUGGAGGUGGCCGCCUUCAUCGACCCGUCAGGACGCACUGUCGUCGUUGUCCUCAACAGGAAUGAUGAGGAAGAACAGUUGACAGUGACAGACGGCUCCUCAUCUUUCCUCAACUUCAAGAUACCUCCCAAAGCCAUCCAGACUAUCCUGUACUAGCAUCCUGUGGGACCUAGCUAGAUCCAGACUAUCCUGCACUAGCAUCCUUCAGGACCUAGCUAGAUCCUGCCACUGAACAAGACUCGCUAGAUCCUGUCAUUGAACAAGACACUAGCUAGUUCCUGUCAUUGAACAAGACCACUUGCUAGCUACAUCUCUUAGUCUCAACAGAUGCGAGUUACAGUAAAUGUUGUGGAUAUAUUAUUAGCAGUAUGCGUUUAAUUGGUUAACUUGGCGCAAAAUAUUUCUCCAUCAAUCAAGCCCGGUUGUUUGAAGCUUACUCUAAGAAUCAGAUAAUUGACUCUUGACUCACCAUAUUAAUCCAUCACCAGGUACACUCUUGGUUUGUGUCCUCUUAUGCAGACAGACGACAAUAACACAGUCAGUACCGAGAAGAACUAACUUACACAGAUAGGAACUUAAAUUAUACAGCUAUCAUGCGGGAGGUGUUCCUUUAGUGUUUGUAUAUUAAUUAAAUGAUCAAAUACU